AUGGAAAAGAGAGCCCACGAAACCGGCUACGUUGACAUCUCCGACUCCAUUCUUCCCCAUUCCAUCAGCCGCCGACGCGACCGGUUCAUUACCCGGCUCGCCACUUAUCUGGGGAUUGUUGCUCUUAUCGGCUUGCUCGUGUCAUGGACAACAAACUCCAUCCCGGGCAUCAACUUCUUCUCUUGUCACCAAGGCAAGAGAUAUCAGAAUGGCUCUGCGCUGACAAGUGAGGAGGCGCUCUUUAUGCCUCCGUUGUCCGGAACCUCGCCCUCAGCGCAACCCACCAAGAAAGUGCCCCUGGAAGCUCACAUCAUGAGCAAAUGUCCAGAUGCACGUGACUGUCUGCAGCAGCUUGUCGUGCCUGCCAUGGAACAGAUUAGCGACAAGGUCGAUUUCAAAUUGUCAUUUAUUGCUGAUGUGUCAAACAAAUCCUCGGAAAUUCAAUGCAAGCACGGCCCAACCGAAUGCAUUGGAGACAUGCUUCUUCUCUGUGCUGCAAAUCUUCCUUUCCCACCUCAAGGAAUCGAAAGCGCUGUUGGUCCGAUGACUGCGCGGACCCCAACUAUUCGGUCCCUUGGCUUUGCAAACUGUCUUGUUGGGUCGUACUCAAAGAUCCCGGAACGCCAUCACGUCGAACAGUGUGCCUUGGAGCAUGGCAUAGACUUUAGUGCCUUGAACGCAUGUGCUAGUCAGGAAAUCGAUGACCCCGACUAUGGCGGCGACAGUGCGCCGCUCAGCGGCAUGGCUCUGCUACGCGAGAGCGCCAUCCAUAGCGCGAAGCUUGGCGUGAAGACAAGCUGCACGCUCCGACUCGAUGAGUCUGUCUGGUGUGUCCGCGAUGGCGGCGUUUGGAAGGAUUGCGCAAAAAAUGGACAGGGCAGCCAAGUAUCGGUGCUGGUGGAUGAAGUCAAGCGACUAUGGAACCGUAUCAAUUGAUAUUACCGAUUGUAUGAUACGAUGUCGAUGCCAAGUGAUGACUGAUGACAAUGUGCUCUGUCUUGUCAUCUCAAGAAUAUGUGAACAUAAUUACCCCAACUUUCUUUUUGCUUGUAUGUUUGAAUAGUGGCCUCAAAGCUGUUUAUAACUCAAUGGACUCUUCAAUCCAC